AUGGUCAACUUAAACACUAUUCCACCAAAAAAUAAUCGUGAAUAUUAUAUUGCUAUUGGUCUGGAAGGGUCAGCCAACAAACUAGGCGUUGGCGUGGUGAAACAUCCGCGCCUGGCAAGCCAUCAAUCGGGAGAUAACUCUCAUAUAUGCAAAGCUGAAAUCUUAUCAAAUAUUAGAGAUACAUAUAUUACCCCACCAGGUGAGGGAUUUUUGCCUCGUGAUACGGCCAGACAUCACAGAAACUGGGUUACUAGAAUAAUCAAGCGUGCCAUCAAGGAGGCUAAACUUACCGAUCCAAAACUAGAUAUCGAUGUCAUAUGUUUCACAAAGGGACCCGGUAUGGGAGCACCUCUACAUUCAGUUGUUAUUGCUGCAAGAACUAUUUCUUUGCUAUGGGAUGUCCCACUAAUCGGCGUGAACCACUGUGUCGGCCACAUCGAGAUGGGUAGAGAAAUUACUAAGGCAGAAAAUCCAGUUGUUCUGUAUGUGAGUGGUGGUAACACUCAAGUAAUUGCAUAUUCAGAAAAUAGAUACAGAAUUUUUGGUGAAACUCUGGAUGUUGCCAUAGGUAAUUGUCUGGACAGAUUUGCCAGAACACUGAAAAUUUCUAAUGCUCCUUCGCCAGGUUAUAACAUUGAACAAUUAGCUAAACAGUGUAAAAACAAAGAUAGAUUAAUUCAAUUGCCAUAUACUGUAAAGGGUAUGGACUUAUCCAUGAGCGGUAUUCUAGCAUAUAUUGAUUCGUUAGCCAAAGAUCUAUUCAAAGAAAAUAAAAAGAACAAGCUUCUAUUCGACCAGGAAACGGGUGAAGGUCUAGUGACGGUGGAGGACCUGUGUUACUCACUACAAGAAAACCUAUUCGCCAUGCUUGUUGAAAUCACAGAAAGGGCAAUGGCACAUGUAAAUGCUUCCCAAGUUUUAAUUGUCGGUGGUGUUGGGUCAAAUGUAAGACUACAGGAGAUGAUGGCACAAAUGUGUCGCGAUAGAGCAAAUGGGAGGGUCCAUGCAACGGAUGAACGUUUCUGUAUCGAUAAUGGGGUAAUGAUUGCUCAAGCGGGUUUGCUUCAAUACAGAAUGGGUGACGUUAUCAAGGAUUUGAAAGAUACUGUUGUUACACAGAAAUUUAGAACUGACGAAGUUUACGUUUCUUGGCGUGAGUAG